GGAGGGUGGGGUGUGUGUGGCUGCGGGAAGGGAAGGGCCCACCGUGAUGGGGCUGAGCCGUGCUGGCUGGAGAGCCAGCCUCCCUGGGCAGCUAGCUUCCAGGCCACCAGUGAGCUCAGGGGGUCAGAAUGGGAAGGCCUGCCCGAGGCCGGAGCCUUAUGCCUGGGCCCAGGGGACAGGCGGGCAGGCAACCAGCAGUGCCUGCUGCCCAGUCCCUUCCAACCUUCUUCUUCAGAACAGUUUGAGCAGAACCCCCACCCCCCACCCCACUGUCGGGUCCAAUGGCUCCCUCUGGCCCCAGCCUGGGGGGGGCAGUGCCUCCUUCCUCCCCUUCCCCAGGAGAAGCCUGCAGACAGGGCCAGGCGGCCAGCAGGACAGCAGAGCUGAAAUAAAUCUGAGCUGGUGUGGAAUGAGGGGGGAUAAAUAUCCUCUCCCAGUGAUGUGAUCUUUCCAGCGGCUAUUAAUAGGUCUCCGGGGAGGGGGAGGUGGUGGGGGGGAGCCAGCUGGAUCUUAAAGGGCCCACAGCCCAGGCUGCAGGAAUCCUUGGCUUUAAGCUGCACUCCAGCCUGCUCCACACACCGCCCCCCUUCCCCUUCCUUCCUGCUCCUGCCUGCCCGCCAGGCCCGCCCCAACCUCUUCAGGCUCUCCCCCUCCUGCUCUGGGGAGCUGUCGGGCCAGGGGCUACCACUGUGUUGUGUCUCCCCACUUCCCCAGGGGAAUGGGACUGGGGCAUGUCACUCAGGUCCUGUGCCCCUUCCCUGUUGGUGUGGGGACACAUGGAAGUUGAGGUUUGGGACCUUGGAAGGAAUCCGGAGGAGAAACCCUAGACAAGAGAGGGUGGCCGAGUGUUGGGCGGGUGCUAGUGUGUGUGAGGGUGCUGUGCCACCGAUGGCUGCCCCAUGGACACUGGGGGUGUGGGUGGGUUCUGCCGAGGAAAGGCUCUGGUUCUCAUUUGAAUUGUAGGGGCUGAGGGUGGAGGGAUUUGCCCCUCUUCACUCUGCGAGGCGAAUGCAUCCGCCCUCGUCUGAGGAGCAAUGAAAGGAGGUUACCCCACCCCAGGAGGAGAGAAGCUCCGGGGAGCCCGCCACUGUCCCCCCGCGGCCACUGCCCCCCUGCCCCAUCCAAGCCAAUGCACCCAGAAAAUAAGUUGACCAAUCAUGGCAAGACAGGGAAUGGUGGGGCCCAAUCCCAGCACCAGAAUGUGAACCAAGGACCCACCUGCAACCUGGGCUCGAAGGGUGUGGGGGCGGGGAACCAUGGGGCCAAGGCCAACCAGAUUUCACCUAGCAACUCAAGUCUGAAGAACACCCAGGCAGGGGUGCCCCCUUUCAGCUCGCUCAAGGGCAAAGCGAAGAGGGAGCGGAGUGUGUCUGUGGACUCUGGAGAACAGCGAGAGGCUGGGACUCCAUCCCUGGAUUCCGAGGCCAAAGAGGUGGCACCCCGGAGCAAGCGGCGCUGUGUGCUGGAGCGGAAGCAGCCCUACAGCGGGGACGAAUGGUGCUCGGGACCAGACAGCGAGGAGGACGACAAGCCCAUCGGGGCCACCCACAAUUGUAAUGUAGUAGAGCCUGCCAUGGCGGCCCCGCAGCUGGGCCCCAGCCAAGCCGCCCAGCUUCCCCUCAGUGAGAGCAGUGCGCCAGGCCCCCCGCAUGGACCCCCGCCUGGCCUUCGGCCCGAUGCCCCCGGGGGCGGGGGUGUCCCCGGAAAGCCCCCCUCACAGUUCGUCUAUGUCUUCACCACCCACCUGGCCAACACGGCCGCGGAGGCGGUGCUGCAGGGCCGGGCCGACUCCAUCCUCGCCUACCACCAGCAGAACGUGCCCCGGGCCAAGCUCGACCAGGCCCCCAAAGUGCUGUCCACCCCAGAGCCGCUGCCCCUGAGCGCGCCGGCGGCGGGCACGCCGCAGUCCCAGCCUCCCGCGCUGCCGCCGCCCCCCGCCCCCGGCAGCGCGCCCCCUGCUCUGCCUUCGGAGGGGCCCCCCGAGGACGCCAGCCAGGACCUGACGCCCAACUCCGUGGGAGCCGCCAGCACGGGCGGAGGGCCCGGGGGCACCCACCCCAACACCCCGACCGCUGCUGCCAACACCAACCCGCUGCCGCCCGGAGGAGACCCCAGCGGCGCCCCGGGCCCCGCCCUGCUCGGGGAGGCCGCCCCCACGGGCAGCGCGCGCCUGGCGGGCUCCGAGGGCCUGUCCAAGGAGCAGCUGGAGCACCGCGAGCGCUCCCUCCAGACCCUGCGCGACAUUGAGCGGCUGCUGCUCCGCAGCGGGGAGACUGAGCCUUUCCUCAAGGGGCCCCCAGGAGGAGCAGGUGAGGGGGGACCUCCAGCACCAGCCCCUCCUGCCCCCCCUCAGCCACCCCCGGCCCCGCCCAGCGCGCUGAAGAAGUACGAGGAGCCCUUGCAGUCCAUGAUUUCGCAGACACAGAGCCUGGGCGGCCCCCCGCUGGAGCACGACGUGCCCGGGCACCCCCCGGGCGGGGAGAUGGGGCAGCCGAUGAACAUGAUGAUGCAGAGGCUGGGCCAGGACAGCCUGACGCCGGAGCAGGUGGCCUGGCGCAAGCUGCAGGAGGAGUACUACGAGGAGAAGCGGCGGAAGGAGGAGCAGAUCGGGCUGCACGGGGGCCGCCCCCUGCAGGACAUGAUGGGCAUGGGGGCCAUGAUGGUGAGGGGGCCGCCUCCGCCCUACCACAGCAAACCCGGGGAUCAGUGGCCGCCUGGAAUGGGCGCCCAGCUGCGGGGGCCCAUGGAUGUCCAAGACCCCAUGCAGCUCCGGGGUGGCCCUCCCUUCCCCGGCCCCCGUUUCCCAGGCAACCAGAUGCAACGGGUGCCGGGGUUUGGGGGCAUGCAGGGCAUGCCCAUGGAGGUGCCGAUGAAUGCCAUGCAGAGGCCUGUGAGGCCAGGUAUGGGCUGGACUGAAGACUUGCCCCCCAUGGGGGGGCCCAGCACUUUUGCCCAGAACCCUGUGCCCUACCCAGGCGGGCAGAGUGAAGCCGAAAGAUUCAUGACCCCUCGGGUCCGGGAGGAGCUGCUGAGGCACCAGCUGCUGGAGAAGCGGUCGCUGGGCAUGCAGCGCCCCCUGGGCAUGGCCGGUGGCGGCGGCAUGGGGCAGGGCGUGGAGAUGGAGCGGAUGAUGCAGGCGCACCGGCAGAUGGACCCGGCCAUGUUCCCUGGGCAGAUGGCCGGCGGCGAGGGCCUGGCGGGCACUCCCCUGGGCAUGGAGUUCGGCGGAGGCCGGGGCCUUCUGAGCCCCCCCAUCGGGCAGUCCGGGCUGAGGGAGGUGGAUCCCCCACUGGGGCCGGGCAACCUCAACAUGAACAUGAACGUGAACAUGAACAUGAACAUGAACCUGAACGUGCAGAUGACCCCCCAGCAGCAGAUGCUGAUGUCGCAGAAGAUGCGGGGCCCCGGGGACAUGCUGGGGCCGCAGGGCCUCAGCCCCGAGGACAUGGCCCGGGUGCGGGCUCAGAGCAGCGGCGGCAUGGUGGGCGGCCCGCAGAAGAUGCUCCUGCCCUCACAGUUCCCCAACCAGGGCCAGCAGGGGUUCUCGGGGGGCCAGGGACCCUACCAGGCUCUGCCACAGGACAUGGGCAAUACCCAGGAUAUGUUCAGCCCUGACCAGAACUCGAUGCCCAUGGGCAGUGUGGGGACCACUCGACUCAGCCACAUGCCUCUGCCCCCUGCGUCCAACCCUCCUCCGGGGUCUGUGCAUUCGGCCCCGAACCGGGGGCUGGGCAGACGACCUUCGGACCUCACCAUCAGUAUUAAUCAGAUGGGCUCGCCAGGCAUGGGGCACCUGAAGUCGCCCACCCUUAGCCAGGUGCACUCACCCCUGGUCACCUCGCCCACUGCCAACCUGAAGUCGCCCCAGACUCCCUCCCAGAUGGCACCCUUGCCUUCUGCCAAUCCGCCGGGACCUCUCAAGUCGCCCCAGGUGCUCGGCUCCUCUCUCAGUGUCCGCUCGCCCACGGGCUCUCCCAGCAGGCUCAAGUCCCCCUCCAUGGCGGCGCCUUCUCCAGGCUGGGUCGCCUCGCCCAAGACAGCUAUGCCCAGCCCUGGGGUCCCCCAGAACAAGCAGCCGCCUCUCACCAUGAACUCUUCUGCCAGCCUGGGCAACAUGGAGCAGGGCGCCCUCCCGCCUAGUGGUCCCCGGAGCAGCUCCUCGGCGCCUCCCGCCAACCCUCCCGGCGGCCUCAUGAACCCCAGCCUGCCAUUCACUUCCUCCCCAGAUCCCACACCUUCCCAGAACCCUCUGUCACUGAUGAUGUCCCAGAUGUCCAAGUACGCCAUGCCCAGCUCCACCCCCCUCUACCACAAUGCCAUCAAGACCAUCGCCACCUCAGACGACGAGCUGCUGCCUGACCGGCCCCUGCUGCCCCCGCCACCACCGCAGGGCUCUGGGCCAGGGGCCAGCAGUACCCAGUCCAACCAGAUGCACCUGAACUCGGCUGCUGCCCAGAGCCCACUGGGCAUGCACCUGCCAGGCCAGCAGCCCCUGUCCCAUGAGCCCCCGCCUCCCAUGUUGCCCUCCCCCACCCCUCUGGGUUCCAACAUUCCACUGCACCCCAAUGCUCAGGGGGCAGGGGCACCCCCUCAAAACUCAAUGCUGAUGGCUCCAGGAGGCCCAGAUGCCCUGAAUGCCCCCUGUGGCCCGGUGCCCAGCUCCUCCCAGAUGAUGCCCUUUCCCCCUCGGCUGCAGCAGCCCCAUGGUGCCAUGGCCCCCGGCGGGGGCGGGGGUGGGGGGCCUGGCCUGCAGCAGCACUACCCUUCAGGCAUGGCCCUGCCCCCAGAGGACCUGCCCAGCCAGCCGCCCGGCCCCAUGCCCCCCCAGCAGCACCUGAUGGGCAAAGGCAUGGCUGGGCGCAUGGGCGAAGCAUACCCACCGGGCGUGCUCCCCGGGGUGGCAUCCGUGCUGAACGACCCCGAGCUGAGCGAGGUGAUCCGGCCCACCCCAACGGGGAUCCCCGAGUUCGACCUGUCGAGGAUCAUCCCCUCCGAGAAGCCGAGCAGCACCCUCCAGUACUUCCCCAAGAGCGAGAACCAGCCCCCCAAGGCGCAGCCCCCCAAUCUGCACCUCAUGAACCUGCAGAACAUGAUGGCGGAGCAGACCCCCUCACGGGCCCCCAACCUCCCAGGCCAGCAGGGUGUCCAGCGGGGGCUCAACAUAUCUAUGUGCCACCCCGGACAGAUGUCCUUGCUGGGCAGGACAGGUGUGCCCCCACAGCAGGGCAUGGUGCCCCACGGCCUGCACCAGGGGGUCAUGUCCCCUCCGCAAGGCCUCAUGACCCAGCAGAAUUUCAUGCUGAUGAAGCAGCGGGGUGUGGGUGAGGUCUACAGCCAGCCGCCCCACAUGCUGUCCCCCCAGGGCCCGCUCAUGGGCCCCCCGCCCCAGCAGAGCCUCAUGGUGUCCCACCCCUUGCGGCAGCGCAGUGUGUCUCUGGACAGCCAGAUGGGCUACCUCCCCGCACCGGGCAGCAUGGCCAACCUGCCCUUCUAGCGCCUUGCUCGGGCGGAGCUGGGCCGGGUCGCAAAUCCGAUAACCUGAAAACGUUUCUUCCCUCCAGGGUUGGGGUGCCCUGGGGUCCAGGGGUGGGUUGGAGGGGUGGGAGGGGCUCGUGUGGGGAGUGGCAUUUGUGGCAACCAGAUACGCUGGCAGCUUAGUGGGGAUGGCAGAGUAGGGGGGCUCUGGGGAGGGGUUUGUUCCAUUUCGGCCAUCAGAGUGCCCCUCCCCCUCCCCCAAGUCCUGCGGAGCCUCUGUUUCCCUGUCCACACCCAGCCCCACUCAGCUGUGCUGUCCGAGUCCUGCGUGGAACCCUUGGGGGAGGACGGGGAGGUGACGUCUCCCUUCUCCGGCCCUUGCCGCUGUCUUCAGUGCCCCUCUGGGCCUUGCUGUUCCCACCUGGCCUCCGUCUUCCUGCCCCGUCCCUCCCCCUGCUGACGUGGCUGACCCCUGUGCCCCUUCCUGCAGGCGGCUGGGCAGGUGGGCAGGUGCCAGCCAAGCUGUAAAUAGAGAGCUGCGCUUCUGUGCCAGUCUGUGUGUGUGCUGUAUUUCUGUGUUUUGAUAGAAGUCACACAAAAAAGGGAUAAGAGAAACCCUUCCCCCUUUCAAAUGAUUGCCCGUUGUUCCUGGACCCAGGGGUGUGCAGGCUGCUGCACCUGUCCGCUGUCACGGCGUCGCUGGGGCCGGAAAGGAAACCUGGUCCCUGAACGGUGACCUGUCCUAGAUGCACCCCUGAGCUGAGGCCAGACCAGCUAGGCUUCCCCCUGGUGCCCCCAGGCUGAGGCCUGCUGCCAGGUGGCCCAGGACGAGUGUGCCUGUGUGUCCCACACAGUGACACGGGCCCUGGCGUCCUGGCUGUGCAUGUCUGGUGUCCCCUGCUGCUGCAGCUCAGCCAGAGCUUGAGGUCCGAGGUCCCCGGUCUGGGAUGGAGGAGAGGAGAGAGGCAGAGGCCGUGUGGCCCCCGGAAUGGAGCCAUGCGGAGUGGCAUGGUGGCCCAGCGGGAUCCCCAGGGCCCCGAUUCCUCCAGAGGCUCCCCCUAAUUCUGUCACCAAAGGGUUUGGCCGAGUCGGUCUUUCUCCUGCCAGCUUCCACCCACUGCGGACAGACCAGGGACAGGGUUGGACGGGCAGCAGGGGAGCAUUCUGCCAACCCCUCUGCCCGCCCGUCCACCUGCCCACGGGCAGAGCUCCUGCCAGGGCCGGCUGUGUGCCCACCCAGGCACAGCACUGCCCCUCCGCCCCAGGAGAGCUCCCCGCCCCUCCGGGCGAGCUGAAGCCAUACACGACUGGGCAUCCUGCACCCCUGGCCCAGGAGCAAAACUUCUCCUUUCUCACUUCCUUUCCUGCCUCGGGUGGCAGGCAGCUCCCUGGCUGAGGCCUGUGGUGUCCGCCUGCGGGCCCGGGGCCGGUUUAGACCAGGUGUCUUCUGCCAUGGCCUGUCCUCAGCCUCCUGACCGGCAGGGCCUGUCCUCACACUGGCAGCUGUCACACAAGGGAAUGUGUCCCCACUUCUCCCAGUCUGGUGCUGUCCCCAGUCCACUUCCGCCAGGUCCGGCGCUUCCCCUGGGUCUGGCUGCUGGCUCCGGCCUCCCCCGGCACCUCCCAGGGCUGGGACCUAGGCCUCACACCCGAGCUACCUGCCCUCCAUCCAGCCGGGCACUGUGCCUGCCCCGCCUCAGCCUGGGCCCUGGCCCGGGCGCCCCACCCCCAGCUCUCCAAACUGACUCAGUGUCCCCGCCCCAGAGGAGGGUCAGACUGCCAAGGGCCCCAGCUCUCAUUUUCCCGCUGCACCACCAGAGUCGCUUUUCAAGGAAAACUCCACAGGCCAGCCUCGUCCCCUCCAUCCGUGGCCACACCCCCAGCCAUUUUGUACCAUUAUAUAAAUAUAUAUAAAUAUAAAUAUAUAAA